UUGAGAACACCACUUUCCCUAACAGAUAACAAAGCACAGCCUUGCCGGAGUAGCACCGAACCCAACUUACAGCCGUGAAAGCUAAAUCUGACCGGGAACUCAGCCGGAGUUGGUCGCCGUCCGCCCUUGACAGGGAGAAAACCCGUACAGGUUUGAAUUGGAUAUGACCGACUAGCAAAUAUUUGAAUCUCAAAUGUCGAUUCUUUCUCUGUUGCCAACAAACUAUCCAGCUUUCCUUCAUAAAGAUACUUCUUUUCUGCAUUCAAAGUUUCCAGCAAGAAUUGGUUAUUACCACAGAGAUGGUUCUGUUGCACCUCAAGCAAAUUGUAAAGCCAACAUAAAACAAAAAUAUUCAAACAAUAUCAGCACCAAGAUUGUGAUGUCUGCUUCAAGUAAUGACCAGCAGUAUAUAAGCUAUGAUGAUUCGCCCGAGGAGCCCAUUUUGCUAACACUGAUCAAAGAAUCCUUAUGGGGUUUAAAAUCUUUAUUUGUGUUUUUAAUUGAGCAACCUAGCCAGCUGAAAUACAUCGAGUGGCCAAGCUUUAGUAAUACGCUGAGAACUGCGACACUGACUCUUGUUAUUGUGGCAUUUCUUCUUGUUGCAUUAUCAUCUGUUGAUUCGGCUCUCAGCUACCUUUUGAAUUUAGCUCUUCGGAAGAGCACAUAGCAGGCAGUAUUGUUCAUGUCACCACAUUACUGUGUAAGCAGUUUACUUAUGAUGCUUGUAAUCUGUUUAGGUCCAUCCUUGUUAGCAUUUAAUUGUUGACUCCUAUUGUGAACUUAAAAUGAUUAAGCUAUUCUAGUAGCUUUUAUCAAA